AUGGCUACUACUCUUUUUUCAUCCUUCUUUUUCUUCUUUUUUUCCCCAGGGUUACUCACUUUCUUUGCUCCUCUCUCUUUUUCACCUUUCCCUUUCAAGGCUUUUUUGUUUGAAAACUUUCUUUGUUUUUCUACUACUACUACUACCACUGCUAUCUAUCUAUCUAUCUAUCUAUCUAUCUAUCUAUCUAUCUAUCUAUCUAUCUAUCUAUCUAUCCUACACACAGACGCACACACAUUUUCACAUUUUCAUUUUUUUUUACUUAUUAUUCUUUCCAUGGUUACUACUCUUUUUUUCAUUUUUUUUCUUCUUUUUAUCCAGGGUUACGCACUUUCUUUUCUACUCUCUCUUCUUCACGUUUCCCUUGUAUUCUUCCCAGGGUUACUCAAUCCCUUUUCAUCAUUCAUUUUUUCAUGUUUCCUUUUUAUUCCACUUCUUUCUUUACAUGGUUACUCACUUGCCUGUGAUACCCUUUCUUCACCUUUCUUUUUUUGUUUCUUUGUUUCCAUGGUUUCCAAUCAUUUCUACACUCUCUUUUUUAACCUUUCUUUUUUUCUUUUCAAUGGUUACCGGCUUCCUUUUCUGUACUCACUUUCCCACCUUUGCUUUUUACUUCUUCCUCAUUUCAAUGACUACUCACUACCUUUGCUACCCUUUUUCCCUUUUUUUAUUCUCUUUUCCUACUCACUUUUUUUUCUACUGUCUCUCUCACCCUUCUUUCUUUUUCUCCUUUUACCUUCCCUUGUUUAUUUACAUCGAUUGUCGCUUUCCCUCUUUUCCCUUCUCCUACCUACUUAUAUUUUCUUUCGUUUUCUCUCUUACUCACUCCCUUUGCCGCCAUUUUUCUCUCAAUGUUUCUUUAUUUACUUCUUCAACCUUCCCGUAACUACUAACCCUAACCCUUUCCUUUCUCUCUAUCUUUCCUCUCGUUUUCAAAGUCGCACUCGUUCAGUCUAUUUCUUUCAUUGCAGCCUUUAUUGUACGAAAUAA